CUUGGGCAGCUGGAUAAAUUAGCAAUAGUUACACAGAGAGAGAGAGAGAGAGAGAGAGAGAGAGGUGGAAGCAAUCAUCGAUAGAGAAAGAUCAAUACAAGAUGGAGAAGAAGAGAUCAGACGCGGAGGCGGAGGCGGAGGUGAGGUUCUUCGAGAGCAGCGAGGAGCUGUCCACGGGGUUGGCCGACUACGUGCACCGCGUCUCCGAAUCCGCCCUCAGGGAGAGAUCUUCCUUCUCCCUCGCUCUUUCUGGAGGAGACAUUCCCGAGCGCUUAGGGAAGCUGGCGAGCCUGCCGUACUUGAGGACGGUGGAGUGGUCGAAAUGGCACCUGUUCUGGGCUGAAGAGAUCGUCGUCCCCAAGAGACACCCGGAUAGCUUCUACAUGCAGUCCAAGCACCACUUCAUCUCCAAGGUUCCGAUACAGCCGGCCCACGUCGUCCCGGCGGGCCACGAGACACCCGGCGAGGCGGCGGCCGAUGGCUACGAGUUCUCCAUCCGCCAGCGGGUCAAGGACCGGACGGUCCCGGCUUCUCCGUCCUGCGACUGCCCCCGGUUUGACCUCGUCCUCCUGAGCCUCGGGCCCCACUCCCAAGUGUCCUCCCUCCACCCCGACCACCCCGUCCUCCGAGAGGGCUCCCAGUGGGUCGCCGCCGUCUCGGUGCCCGGCAUGCGGAGGGAGUGCCUGACCUUCACGCUUCCCGUGAUCAAUGCCGCGGCCAACGUGGCGAUCGUGGCCUCUGGGAGCGACGUGGCUCGCGCCUUCCGCGAGGCCAUGGCGGACCGGAGCCCCCCCGCGUCGUGCCCGGCCCAAAUGAUCCGGCCCGUCGACGGGAAGCUCGUCUGGUUCGUCGAUGCCGGCGCUGCCUCGCUGUUUUCCCGCGACGGAGCGGUUGCUUCGACGUCGAGGUCAUGACGAAAUCGGGUGAGAGCAAUGGAUGUGAUGGGGAUAUAGAUGUGUCUGUAUUCUGUAUGCACAUGGAAUGUGCUUCGAGUAGUGUUUCUUGUAUGUCUAACCGCUUCUUUCAAAUCAGUGGAACGUUUCAAGUUUGAAAUCGUCAUCUCCCCAAGUUUUGGGAACACUGCCAA